GGACCCGGAAAUGAUAGGGGAAAAGAGUCCGGGGUUGUUUUCAUCCCCCUGGUUUUCAACAUGAAGGAAGCAAACAUGGCUCGUCCCGUCAGUGUGGGGGAUCUACUACAAGCAGACCUCCUGGAGGAUGCUGCUUACCGGGAAGAGGGGCUGUGUGUGGUCGGUAUUUUCGGUAAAAGCAACAUGCAGCCCGGCGCGCUGAAGGAGUCUCUGAUCAACACACUGGCGGACAAGCACCUUUUCUCGAUGUUCGGCGGACCGGAGGACGGCGGCACGCCUAGCAGCCACAUCCAGGCUUUUUAUAACCAGGAGAACCGGGUGCUGUACCUCCUACUCUCCUCCGUCUGCGACAGCCGACAGCUGCUGCGGGCCUGCCUGUCUCUGGACACCGGGAGCGGACACUCUGACGCCCACGACUUCUGGAAGGGCCUGGAGCGGCAGCACUGCCUCCACCUGCUCUACAUGUUCUCCGUGUGUCACGUCCUGUUGCUCGUCCACCCCAACCAGACCUUCGACGUGACCUACGACCGGCUCUUCCGAGCUCUGGACGCUCUGCGGCAGAAGGUUCUGCCUCUGAUCCGGGCUGCCAUCAAAGACUCCCCGGUGUCCAAAGAGUGGAAGCUGAACUGCCGGCCCUGCCCUCCACGGCUCCUCUUCGUCUUCCAGAUGAACGUCACUCUGAAGGUUUCUGCAAACGGCUCAGAGUCAAACCCUGACAAACCUAAGAAGCACUCCCCCAGGCGGAGGCUUCAGCACGCCUUGGAAGACCAGAUUUAUCGCAUCUUCCGUAAAAGCCGAGUUCUCACCAACCAGAGUAGCAACUGCUUGUUCACGGUGCCCGCCAACCAGGCGUUUGUGUACGUGAUCCCAGCACUAGAUGAGGACCCCUUAGGUGCAUUGCUCGGUCAGCUGCGGUCCAACUGCAUGUUGUCUGAGCAAGACUCCUCCGUGUCCGUGUCGGGGCCGAGGCGCUAUCAGCAGAUACGGCAUUCAGCUCGGCACCCCAGCAGCAGCGGAGACUCAGGCAGCAUAUCGAUAGGCAGUCAGCUGGUGGACUGCAGCUUGAAGGAAUUCCUCUGGCAGCAUGUCGACCUGGUGCUCACCAAAAAAGGUUUCGAUGACAGCGUCGGCCGCAACCCGCAGCCUUCGCACUUUGAGCUGCCGACCUACACCAAAUGGGUCCAGGUCGCCUCCAGACUCCACCAGGUCCUCAUCAAAAACACAGACGAAGAAAUGGCUGAGCUAGCCACAAAAGUGCAAAGCCAGGUGAAGGUUUUGGAGGGUUUUCUCGACGCUGACACAAAGUUCUCUGAGAACAGGUGCCAAAAAGCUCUGCCUCUGGCUCACAGCGCCUACCAGUCCAAUCUCCCCCAUAACUACACCACCACGGUCCAUAAAAACCAGUUGGCUCACGCUCUGCGGGUGUACAGCCAGCACGCUCGAGGCGUGGCUUUCCAACGCUACGCUUUGCAGCUUCAUGAGGACUGCUACAACUUUUGGAGCAACGGACACCAGCUGUGUGAGGAGCGAAGUCUGACUGACCAGCACUGUGUUCACAAAUUCCACCUGCUGCCUCAGCCAGGAGAGAAGCCUGACAUGGAUCACAACCCACCAAUCAUGAAUCACAACAGUAGGGGGCGCUCCACCAGCUCCUGUAACUGUGGACGGAAACAAGCUCCCCGUGAGGAUCCUUUUGACAUCCAGGCAGGAAAUUACGACUUCUACCAGAUGCUGGAGGAGAAAUGCUGCGGGAAGCUGGAGAGGAUUGAGUUUCCAGUGUUCCAGCCCAGCACUCCUGACCCGGCCCCGGCAAACCAGGCUCAGAGAAACCCCUGUGAGGCUUCAGGAUCGGGUGACGCAGAGAGGCUGAAGGAGCCCAGCACUGCCCAGAGCCACACGCCUGGAGACACCAGCCUUAGCCUGGCUCUCAGUCUAGGCCAGUCUACAGACAGCUUGGGGCCCUACGGGGACGGAGACGGAGCCGAAACACAAGUCCAGCAAAAGAGGCCGAGCCUUGUUGACCGGCAGCCCUCCACUGUGGAGUACCUUCCUGGAAUGAUGCACUCUGGCUGCCCUAAAGGUCUCCUCCCUAAAUUCUCCAGCUGGUCACUGGUGAAACUUGGCCCAGCAAAGUCAUAUAACUGCCACACGGGCCUGGAGCAGCCAGGUUUCCUCCCCGGCUCCUCAUUCCUCUUGCCGUGGGACUUGGUGAUUCGCUCCCGAUCGGAGGAAGAUGCAGGACUAAUGGAGCCUUUGGACGGAGGCACGUCCUCGUGGCCAGCCCCCAACAAGACCCUCGUGGGAAAGCGAGGCAGCACCGGUGGGCUCGGUAGGAGUCGCAGGAGGGAAGACAUGGCUCGCAUCUUUGUGGGGUUCGAGUAUGAAGACGGCAGGGGGAGACGCUUCAUCAGCUGCGGGCCUGAUAAAGUAGUGAAGGUGCUGGGGCCGGGGGGCGCUAAAGAUCCUGCCACCAGGGUGCUAAACACCGACAUGCCGCUGUACAUCCCAUCUCCCUCCCAGGGCCGUGGCUUGAAGCCCCACUUCGCCCAGUUGGCACGCCUUUUUGUUGUAGUGCCUGACGCCCCACUGGAGGUUACCCUCAACCCACAGGUACAGCCAGGCCCUCCUCCCUGUCCGAUCUUCCACCCAGAGCAGACUGAAAUAUCGUUGCCACCUGAUGGCCUUUGGGUGCUGCGGUUUCCCUAUUCCUACGCCACAGAGCGUAGUCCCUGUUACCCCCCCAAAGAGAACCAGCCCCUCAACAACUACAAGGUGCUGCGAGGUAUCCUGAAGGCCACCACUGCCACCUCGCCACCGCAAUAACCCUUAAGGUUUUAUUCAGGACUCCACCUUCGCAGACCCUCCCAGUGUUGUUUCUGUACAUUCUGUAUAUUUGCAGUCACUGCAAAUAUUUUCUUUUUUGUUGACAUGUUUUACGUUGGAUGGUCUCCACAGAUAAGCGUUUGCACACAUGCUCUGGUGUAUGUGAGACUGUAUUAGCUGCUCUGUAAACCGUGUUUAGUGUCAAAUCCAUUCAUGCAAUACUGUGUUGCAUUUACCUCUGGCAAUGCAGACGCAAACGCUGGUGUGGUCGAGCUCUUUCCUCACCAAAUCCUCAGAUGUGCUUGAAGUGGGCUAUUUCCCAAGUGUGAAAAAUAAUUUGAUCUGUCUCAAGUGAAUGUGUGACAACAGCUUUGUACACCUACAGAUUUGGACCACUGGUUCUCAGACUGUGAGGCAUGUUUAAGCAGAGGAAAAAAAAGCCUUUAAAUUAAAACUGGGAUUAUUUUAUAUUUUUAUCAGUAAAUAAAAAUUGCAAAAUGCGACCGUUUUAUUGGCUUGUGCACGAGGACAUGCUAGAAAAAAGUUUGAGAAGUGAUUUAAAUUAACUUAUUUUCACUUUUUUUUGCUCCCCAGAAGACAGAUCAAUGUUGCAGUGACAUUAAUCUUUACAUCUGAAGCUUAGGCACAAUAAUAGCACCAGGAAAAACUUCCUUCAAACUUAACUUGAGGGGGCAUGGAUCCUGUAGCAGCUGUUUCCAGCAUCCCUGCACAUUCACGCUGGCAAGCUAAUGAUGUAAAUUUUCCUAUCACUUGUCAAACUUCUAAAAACCUGCCCAACACAAUGAACGCCUUCCAAGAGAGACUGUAAAUCAGGGGUGCCCAAUCCCAGUCCUCGAGAGCUACUGCCCUGC